CCAAGCGUGAACUGAAGAGAGGAGAAGCGCGCCCCCGAGCGUACACAAACUACGCUCACAGUUGUCAUCUUGAACAUGUUACGGGAAUCACAAACGACAUGCAAUACCUUUUUUCCUCCCGGUGACGAGUAAAAAAAAUCGCGAACACAAUUCGGUGUCUUGCACGGACUAUAAAAUGACGAACUUUCGGCUGCUUUCAAAGGAAGCGAGCUUAUUGGGUUCCGGUGACGAACUGCUUUUUCGCUGUCAGGAAACUCGGAGCUAAAGAUUCAUUCUAGCAUCUGCUGUUUAUCGCCAUCAACAUCACGAGAAUGCUCGGACUAAUGUCGCCUAAAGAUACCGUCUGCCGCUUGAAAUCAACAAAAGCUCUUGAACGGCCCUCGGGGAGCGCAUUUCUCGCACUUUCUCCGAGUUUUAACUUUCGCUGAGUUUAACCGUCAUCAACGGAAAGGGGAAUUUGCUCUCGAAGUUCAAGUAGCCGCUGACUGUAACGCGCUCGGCUCUUUGUCCAGAUCUUCGACAGUGCGAUCCCUGUGCGGUUAUCCUGUUUUUUCUGCAUUUACUUUGUCUAAAGUGGACACACGACGGCUGCUUUCAGAGUCACAUGCCUUCAUUCAUAAUCGUUUGUCGCAUAAUAAUGCUGAGAUUGUCCAACAAUCGGACUGAGGGCUCUUUUUCUUGUUGUUUUCUUGUUCUUCUUGGCUGUAUAAAGUUGUCACGCACAGGAAUCAUCAACAUAUACAGAUUGUCGGAUCGCCUUGCACUCGGAAAGUGCAAACUAUUCGUGCAGUGAAGUGGUCAGACUAAUCGACGGAGGGAAAAAUAUGCAAACCUAGCAGGAAAAGAAGCCAUCAGAAUCACGGAAAUCCUUUCCUUUCCUCCAUUCUGCUAUUACGUAUGGAUUAACGUUAUGUGUGUAUCGAAGCAACUCACUUAAUUAUGUACAGUUAGCGUUAUUAUAAAGACAUUUUAUCUUUUGGAGCUGAAGCUUUUUGUUCGGAUUUGUUUUGAACUCUGCACUAGUUAUGCUGCUUACACAAAGACAUGUUGCUUCUUGAAACGUCCGUGUUUCAUUCGUAAUGCUACUCUUUUCCCUCUCUGGGUUGACUGAAUGUUUUACAUUUUUGUGUAUUUAAGUGGGCUUGACUCUCGACUGAGCUGAGGAACAGGUUUUAUGGAUGAUAUGGGAGACCCUCAGGGGUCCGCGCGCCUGGGAGCGCGAUAGCAAUGGCAGCGGCCUGGAAACCUGUGGACAGUCAAAUUGCAUUAACUGUAUCUAUAGCGAGUGUCUGCACGAUACACAUCGAGUAUUUGGAGGACAGGACACAAGGUGGAUUUCAACCCCUGGCUCAGGCCAUUGAUGGGUGAUGCUAGAGGAAAGUGUGUGUAAGGAUCUUCAAAUCUGAACAAAAUAACACACAUCCAUACUGGCAAAAUGAACGAGAGACAGGCUCUUCAUUCAAUUAUGAAGGAUCUGGUGGCCCUGCAGAUGACCAGGCGCCAGCCAACGACAACUUAUGACACGGCAAAAACUAAACCUGUCAUCCCUGCCAGCUCUUCCAACAGAUUGGAGGAUGUCAGGAUUAAGUUUGAGUUCUGCGGUGAAAGAAGGAUUCUGAUGUUUGGGCGGCCUGUGCAGUUUGAGGAAGUCCAGCAGAAAGUCAAAACAUUUUUUGGUCAGCAGUUAGACCUGCAUUAUAUGAAUAAUGAGCUGUCUAUCCCCCUGCGUGAUCAGGAUGAUUUGGAUAAAGCCAUUGAUCUGCUGGAUCGCAGUUCAAACAUGAAGAGCAUCAAGAUCAUGCUGCUGACACAAGAACAAAGCAAUGCGUCAUCUUCAUCACAUCACACAGUGUGUAAGCAGGUUCGCAUCAAAACCUCUCAGUCCACUGGAGAUGUCAGCACUGCAUAUCAGUCAUCAGAACCCAGAGGACGCCACCACUCCACCAGCUCGCAGAACACUGGCCGAAGUUCACCACCUCCUGGCUACGUUCCUGAGCGGCAGCAGCGAAUCGCACGUCAGGGCUCUUACACCAGCAUCAACAGCGAGGGGGAGUUUAUACCUGAAACCAGCGACCAGUGUGUGCUGGAUCCUUGGAGCAGUGCUGAAAACUCUGUGUCCGGCAGCUGUCAGUCACUGGACAGUAACUCUGACAGUCCCUCUCUCAGGAAAUCUCGAACACACAGGAUUAAGAGUUAUCCUGACAACCGACAAGACUGCUCAGACCGGGAAAACCAUGUUUAUGAUAAGAUUGUUGGCAAAGGAGGGACGUACCCUCGCAGGUAUCAUGUGUCGAUGCAUCAUAAAGAUCACAGUGAAGGUCGACGGACAUUCCCACGAAUACGUCGUCCGCAAGGAAAUUUGUUCACGUUGGUGCCAUCACGGCGAUCUCUGAACGGCAGCGAGGAGAGUUUGGGCAGCUGGCAGCUGGAGAAUACUCAGUCCAGACUUCGUCCACAGGACCGGGCAGUCCCUCAUAAGUCCCCUACAGCUCCAGUGACGUGGCGCAGAGGGAAGUUGCUGGGUCAGGGUGCUUUUGGAAGGGUUUAUCUGUGCUAUGAUGUGGAUACGGGCAGAGAACUUGCAGCAAAACAGGUUCAUUUUGACCCUGCCAGUCCAGAGACCAGCAAGGAGGUGAGUGCUUUAGAGUGUGAGAUACAGCUGUUGAAAAACCUGCAUCAUGAACGAAUCGUCCAGUACUACGGCUGCCUUAGAGACCACAAUGAGAAGACGCUUACCAUUUUCAUGGAGUAUAUGCCCGGGGGUUCAGUCAAAGACCAGCUGAAGGCUUAUGGGGCUUUGACGGAGAAUGUGACACGCAAAUAUACCAGACAGAUUCUGGAAGGCAUGUCCUACCUGCACAGCAACAUGAUCGUCCACAGGGACAUCAAAGGUGCCAACAUCCUGCGAGAUUCAGCUGGCAAUGUGAAGCUAGGAGAUUUUGGUGCCAGUAAGCGGCUUCAGACCAUCUGCAUGUCCAGCACUGGGGUUCGUUCCGUUACCGGAACGCCAUAUUGGAUGAGCCCUGAGGUCAUUAGUGGAGAGGGGUACGGCCGGAAGGCGGAUGUUUGGAGUCUGGGCUGCACUGUGGUGGAGAUGUUGACAGAAAAGCCCCCCUGGGCUGAAUUCGAGGCCAUGGCUGCCAUAUUUAAGAUCGCCACUCAGCCUACAAACCCCCAGCUGCCCUCACACAUCUCAGAACACACAAGAGACUUCCUGCGCUGCAUCUUCGUGGAGGCCAAAUACCGACCCAGCGCGGAGGAGCUGCUUAGACAUCCCUUCUCCCAAAUCCUGUGCUGAGGAGUUCCACUAUUCAUCAAGCUGCAGGUUACAAACCCCUCGCAGAACAACAACAAAAAAAACAUUUAAGAGUAGCUUCAUUUCAGAGGCAGUCUGCUUUUCCAGACCAUGUGACCUGCCAGCACCCAAUCAGCUGUCUGCUGGAUUAGGUCACAGAACUGGUUUGUUGUUUAUGACAGCAGGGGGCGCAAGAGGACUUGUUUAUAUAUGUUUUAAACUAGGAAACAGAUCGAUGGUGUUACAGGAUGAGCAGAUGCAACAAACAUGAUGCUGUUAGAGCUUCUUCCAACAGAACAACUGCCAAAUGUGCCUUCUAACGCCUACCGGGUCAAUCUGUCUGACCCUUGGAUGAGUUUUUCAGAUAUAUUUAAGAAAUGUCUCCUAUUAAUGAAUGUCCACAAUGUCAGUGUUUGACGUGUCAUUUCCCCUUCCACAUGGGCUCCCCAUGUUCGCCCAUCGUCUAUGGCACUUAGUGUUAAAGGAAACGUAAUAAAUAAUAGUCUUGAUGGGUUCCCGCCUCAGAAGAGUGAGGGUCUUAUGCACGUCGUGGUUAAGCUUAUGUAUUGAUUAGUCUUUGUGGAAUUGCACUUCCUUGAUUUGUUGUUCAUAACAACCAUUUCAAUCUGUUACAGAAAGCAGCUUAUUCUCGUACUUGAUGUCAGAUGGCGAGGGUCAGGUCAUGAGGUUAUAGUGUUAUAGCAGUGAGUUUUGUUGUUGGACUUAGUGUUUUACCGUAGUAGUGCCUUCUAGUGUCCUGCAGAGAGCAGCGGGACUACUUAAGAUGCAGCUAAUCCCACUAAUAGUGUUUCCAUUGCCAUCAGUCAAAUUGGGAAUUUCGUAUGGGUCAAUUUGGAUGUGUCGAGAUGUUAUUGAAAGCACAUUAGGAUGUAUAGUGGUUUUCUCAUCAGCCCAGCCAAAGAAAGCGUAUUACUUAAGUGUUGUGCCUUAAGCGUCGUAUGACUUUUAUGAUGCACUUUUAGUAAAUGAAUGUUGAAUUUGCCAAAUAGUUUGUUUUGUUACACAGAAUGUGAAGCCUUUUUCACUUUUAUUUAUAUCCCAAUGUUCAGCCGUUUUUAUAUACGAUUAUCCAUAUAUAUAUAUAUAUAUCUAUAUGUAUAAAUCUAUUUUUAUAUAGUGACUCUGAACCGAGUUAAGCUUUUAGGAAUGAGAAACGAGAAUCAAGCAGCUGGUUUUGCAGAGACUACAACAUGAUUUUACAUGUGUUUAUUUCUGGCUGGAAAUUGAGCCCUGGUGAUUUCAAUCUGUGCAAGUCAGAAGUUGUUUUUUUUUAGGUGUUUAUUAUGUGUGUCUGUUUCGGUUUGUCUGCUUUUCCCCAUGGAUUUUGGAGAAUUGCAUGCAGGCAGCAUUUUGCAAGUGACCAGUGCCUUGAAUUAUUCUCAGAAAUGCAUGUUCACACAGAUUUCACAUAUUUGCCAUUUAGGAAGGGCUUGCACAGAUGUAUGCCUUUGUGUAUUUAAAGUUGCAAUGUUGGAAAGAAAAGGAAAAGGUGUAAAAGAAAGAAAACGUUAUGGUUAAAUAGAAUGAUAUUUGCACCACUUUUUAAAGUGUGAGGUCAGUAUUUUAUUGACAUUAAUCAUUAAGCUAAGGCGAAUUAUUAUCAUUCAUUCAUUUUCGUUUUAAGCUUAGUUCCUUUAUCAAUCUGGGGUCGCCACAGCGGAAUGAACUGCCAACUUGUCCAGCAUAUUUUUUACGCAGCGGAUACCCUUCCAGCUGCAACCCAUACACAUACACUAUGGAUAGUUUAGUUUAUUCAAUUCAUAUGUGUUUGGACUUUGGGGGAAACUGGAGCAAACCCACACGAACACAGGGAGAACAUGCAAACUCAACACAGAAAGGCCAACUGAGGCUUAAACCAGCAACCUUCUUGCUGUGAGGUAAUCGUGCUACCCACUGCGUCACUGUGACACCAGCAAAGGCUUAAUUAAUUAAUUAAAUUAAUCUUUAUUCACUUAGCGCUUUUACAAUAUACAUUGUCAAAGCUGAUAACAGACUGAUCAACAGGGACUGUAAAGAGAUUUAUAACUACAACAGAUCUGUUUUAAAUAAAUGCUGGAUUUUUGAAUGUCCUUUACAUCCUAAAGACACGCAUAGCAGUUUUUAUUCAGAAAAAUAAGAGGCACAGGCUUCUGUGUUUUCAUAUUUACUGUUAAUACAUUGCACAUGUUUUCAAGAUAUUAACACUUUUAUUAUGUUGAGCUCAUGGGAUUGAUUUUUUUACAGUGAUUAUGAUUUUUGAGCAAGUUCAAUUCACAUCUUUGGAUGGAAACAGCUACUUAAUAUUUAAUUUGGAAUGUUUGUGACAUUUCCCAGUACUGUUGUGUAAAACAUAUGCUGGAUAAGUUGGCGGUUCAUUCUGCUGUGGCAACCCCUCAAAAAUAAAAGGACUAAGCUGAAAGAAAAUGAAUCGUUUGUGGAUCAUGUGAUCCUGAAGACUGGAUAAUGAUGCUGCAAAUACAGGAACAUUUUAAAAUGUUAAACAGUUUUAAAUGGUAAUAUUUCACAAUAUUAUCAAAUUAUUUGAGCAAAUAAAUGCAGGCUGAUUAAGCUCUCAUAAUCUAAAAAUUGUACUGACCCCAGGCUUGUGAACAGUUGUGUAUUCCAGGAUUUUUAGGAAAGCAGUAAGUGUUAUCAUAUUUAGAAAGUAUGCACAUGGGACUUGGCACGUUUGUGAUGAGCUGAGAAAAGUGUGUUUUUUUUUAGGAAAUGUGUUGCUUGAGUGAAAGGAUAGGCUGAUGCCAGUGGCAAAUUUCCACUCAGCUUGACGACUUUGUUUAGCUCAGGGUUUGAGUGACAGGUGUCCAUCAUACGGGCACAGCAACACUGACCGCAGGACCAAUAGUCCUACGUUUAUAAUGUUUUAUACGUAUUUUGGCCUCCUCAAAAAAGAGUUGAAUGGCUCAAAUAGCUGCUAGUUUUUGUUCAGGCAGCUAAGAAUCAGUAUUGUACCAAAGAUGAAAUGUCUCAGAGAAAUGUCGCAGUCGAGUCUAACCGAGAACCCUGGGAUAAGCAAAAGAAUACAAACCAAUAGGUUAGAUACACAGUAUAUGAUUAUGGUUAUCUAUCUUGACAUGAGACUUGCAGUGCAAAGUCCAGUGUAUCAAAUAUUUUCAAAUAAAAUAAUAUGCACAAAAAUA